UGGAGAUCAGUAGUUUGCUACGCCGUGGCCUAGGUACCAGCUGGUUAUCUAACUAACGUGGGUGUGUGCUCCUCGAGGGAGAAGAUAAAUAAUACCGAGCUAUUUGACCUUGCGUCUAUAAAUUCAAUGGCGCCCAGACAGAUCGAGGCAGAGCCAUGCGCCAAACACUAGCGCGGCGCAUAUCUGAUCGCCAAGUUCAUCGGCAAAAUGGGGAAAGGAGCUCCCAUUUUGCUGCUGGCCUUCGUCCUCUUCCUCACGUCGCACUCGAUGCCGGCGUCGGCUGCCAUGAAGUCUUACUUGGUUGUCUCGACGGAUCCGGUCUCGGUACUAUCUGCUUCAAUCGCUGGACUCACCGGUAGCUUCAAAACCUUGCACAUCUUCGAUGAAAUCAAAGGGAUCGGGGUGCAUAUCGACGAUGCUUGGGUACCAGCCCUCCAAAAUCUUCCCGGGGUGGUGGCUGUGAUCCAAGACAGGCUUUGCAAGGUCCACACGACGCAUUCCUGGGGGUUCCUCGGGCUCGAGACAUAUGAUGGAAAGGCGACCGACGGGUGGAAGAACGCUGCCAAGUUCGGUGAGGGGGUCGUCAUUGGGAACGUCGACACGGGUGUGUCCCCAACCUCUGAAAGUUUCCGGGACGACGGCUUGUCCGCCCCGUGGUGGUGGCGAGGCAGAUGUGACGCUGGCAAAGACACGACCUUCAGCUGCAACAAGAAAUUGAUCGGCGCGCGGUUCUUCAGCGCGGGCAUCCAGGAGGAGAACUUCAUCAACGGAGGGCCGCCGCUGGACAAGACGGACCUGAACUCCCCGCGGGACUAUGAUGGCCACGGCUCGCACACGCUGUCCACAGCGGGCGGCGGCUUCGUCGCGGGCGCCAGCGCCUUCGGGCACGGGAGUGGCACCGCCAAGGGCGGCUCGCCGCGGGCACGCGUGGCCUCUUACAAGGCGUGCUACGCGCCGGGAUGCUCCAGCCUGGACAUCCUCGCGGCCAUAUUCGCGGCGGUCGCGGACGGCGUGCACGUGCUGUCGCUCUCCCUCGGCGGCCCGGCCGAGGACUACGCGGUGGACCUCAUGGCUCUGGGCACGUUAUACGCAGUAAACACUGGGGUCACAAUCGUCUGCUCCGCCGGCAACUCAGGCCCGCAGCCAGGCUCGGUGUCCAACCUGGCUCCCUGGAUGCUUACGGUCGCUGCGAGCACCAUGGACAGAGACUUUCCAGCUUAUGUCACCUUCGGCAACAGCACCAUCGAGGGACGAAGUCUAUCGGAUGGCACUCAGCCUGCCCGGCAGAUGAUCAGCGGGGACAAGGCCAAUGCUGCAAACCAAGCUGCCGAGAACUCGACGUUGUGCUUGGCCGGCACACUGGACCCUGCUAAGGUGAGCGGCAAGAUAGUUGUGUGCACAAGAGGAGUGAACGGCAGAGUGGAGAAGGGGUUGGUGGUGAAGCAGGCCGGUGGCGUCGGCAUGGUCCUCUGCAACGAUGCCAGCACCGGGGAUGAAACCAUUGCCGACCCGCAUUUCAUCGCAGCGGUCCAUUGCUCCUACUCUCGGUGCAUUGAUCUCUUCAAGUACCUCCAGUCUACAGAAUCUCCGGUCGGUUACAUCACAGCGGUGGACGCAGAGCUUGGUGUGAAGCCGGCGCCAGUGAUUGCGUACUUCUCGUCCCGUGGGCCAAAUACUAUCACUCCACAGAUCCUCAAGCCUGACAUCACAGCGCCGGGCGUCGAUGUGAUUGCUGCCUACAGCGAGGAGGUUCCGGCCACUGACCUGUCUUUCGAAGACCGUCAAGUCCCCUACAACAUGAUUUCUGGCACCUCCAUGUCGUGCCCGCAUGUCGCGGGUGUCGCCGGUCUGAUCAAGGCGAAGUACCCAGGCUGGAGCCCCGCGAUGAUCAAGUCAGCCAUCAUGACCACCGCAUCCACCAUAGCCGACGACUACGGCCAAAUCCGGGAUGAGGCGGGCGGGGCCGCCACGCCGUUCAGCUACGGCUCGGGCCACCUGAACCCCGUUCCGGCACUGGACCCUGGCCUGGUUUACGACACCACGCCGUUCGACUAUGCCAACUUCCUCUGCUCCCUCAAGCCCACCCAGACGCAGAGCUUCAACCUGCUACCCGUCUCGCUCCCAUUCCUGCUCCCUCUUUUCAUACACUUCAAUUCCAACCCGUUCAAGUGCAGUACGGGCGCUCCAUUCCGCCCCGAGAACCUCAACUAUCCGUCCAUCUCCGCAACUUGUAUCUCCGGCAGCACCACGGUGAGACGCCGGGUGAUGAACGUGGGAACAGAGUCCAGCACUUACACCGUGAGCGUCGUGCAGCCAGCUGUGGGGGUCAAGAUCACGGUGCAGCCCAGCACGCUGAGCUUCGGUAGGGUCUACGAGGAGAGGAGUUUCACGGUGAAGCUUGAGGUCUACGACCCUGCCAUGGCCGCCGACUAUGUGUUCGGCAGCAUUGAGUGGUCGGACGGGGACGGCAACCAUCGUGUCCGCAGCCCCGUCACCGCCACGACCAAGUGUAGCUAGGGUAAUUAAGUGGGGUUUCGAGCCCGAAUUAGCAACGAAGAUAAAACACCGUGUACUGCCACGCUAAGUAAGCUUGAGCAGUUGUAAUCUUUUUGCAAGAUGGUGUAUGCUUGCAUCAAACGUCAUCGCUAAUUGCGGUGAUCUGCUAUACUAGUCGGCAUUGCUAGUCUACAAUUGUAAGGGAAAGAAAAUACAGUACUAGCUAUAGUGGCCCUCUGCUAUUUGUGGUGAGAGAGCGACACAGUUUAAAAAUCCGGACUGGACUGGACCGGACCCGCGGUUGGUCCGGAAAAAAACUGGAACCAGCAACCUUAGCGGUUUGUUAAGUCUCACAGAGUAAUGGACAAUCCUCACAACUGAACCGGAAAAGACAGGAAAUUAAACAAAGAAUCAAUAAGCCACAAUCUCAGGGGGGGCAAGAGGACUAUGGCAGCUAAUUUGGAAUGCUAAUGCAACACCGAAGCUGAAGGUGUUUGCUCGUGUGUAUAAACUCAUAGAUAUAAGAGGAACAAGGAUCUGAUUCCCACUUGCCACAUCUGAAAUUUUUGGUCUAAAAUUUUGGGGCCAUUAAGCGGGAAGUUAGCGGCUAUGAGGCUAAAUUAAGGCUAAAUAGCCUUAGCCGGGCUAUUAGCGGCUAUUUCUGUUUUAGCCUCUAAAGCCUCUAGCUAUAGCCGCAGGCCUCGCGAAAGGCUAUAGCCCGGCUAUAGCCGGCUAUUUUAAAC